AUACCGAUGUCCAACACUUCAGAUUUAUCUCGACUUCUUCAUCAUUAGUCGCGAGGAACGAUCGCUGUAAUUUGGUAGAUUGAGAAAUGUGCCGUGUUUGAAUGAUUGUAAUUGUAGCGUGGUAAUGGUGUGUUUGCUGACCCCAUAAAAUGUAUAUUAAAAAAGUAAUUAGGGUUUCUGAUUGGCUACGCCGACUAUUGAGCGGUUAGCAUUGCUAGGUGUUCCAUUUAGUGGAUAUUUUUAUUCAUUUAUGAUCAACUUAGUAAAAAAUAAAUAGAUGCAGCAACAUUGUGGGAUGUGUCUCUAUUCAGCCAAUGUGUUUAUGUUUAUUUAUUUGGCAGACGCUUUUAUCCAAAGCAACUUACAAUUUAUAACCAUGUUGUGAUCUGUGGGGGAAACCGGAGUACCCGGAGGAAACACACGCAUGCAUGCGGAGAACACGCAACUCCACGCAGAAAGGCCGCAGCCGAGUUUCGAACCUGCAACCUUCGUGCUGCGAGGCAACAGGGCUAACACCUGCGCCACCAUGCAGCCCAGUAUGAUGUACGGUUGUGGUCUUCUUGGUGUCGUUGCAAAGCAGCAAGAGAAAAUCAUAUUUUCUGGUCUAACUCACCAAGUUUAACCCAAACUAGCAGAUCAUCCAGAUGUUUUGACUUAUGGGCUCAGAAUUCAUUUUCAUUAUCUCUGAUCAAUCAAAAUUGGCCCAAAAUCCGAUGAGAACAGAGACGUCCUUUGUUGUCCCACGAUGGGGACGUUUGGUGAAAUUUAAAUUUUGGGUCUCAGCAUUUCUUUUUGCAAAACUUCAGCUGUCAGUUGAACCAUUGUUUGGGGUUCCAGAUGUUUGUUGUUGUGAUGUUUUGUGCCAGACGUCAUCAGAAAGCUGCAGAGCAGAGGCAGCGGUUUCCAGCUGGUUUUUUAGACGAGUGCCUCCAGCUGAGGCUGAGCUGGACUAGGCCACGUGGCUCAGUCCUGACCCGGUUCGUGGUCCAGCAGUGCAUUUGGGAAAACCACGGCCCCCCCAGAGAAGAUGGGUGGGGGUGACUUACUGUAGAUGUUACAGAUGUGUUGGUGCGGUGCUAAUCCCCUGCCACCUAAUUCCCUGAUGCUGUCCUACAUUAAGAGGCCAGGAGAUCCUGUAAACGGUGCACUCUUGAAAGGCGAUUACUGGCUGACACACAUCCACCUCCUGGCGGAGUGUGCAUGUUUGGUUUCUGGUCUUGCCCGUGUGUGUUGGAGCCUAAAGAUGUGCAGCUCUGUUACUGAUCACACAUGUUUGAACACCUCGAUUCUUUCUGUUCUGCUUUCAGUGCAAAUCUUCAUCAUUGCAGCUGCUGUCAAGUCCACAAGAAUAUUCACGCAAGCGGCAGCCGUUUGCUGUUUAAUCAGGCUUUUUUCCUCCUAAAUGGUUUGCUCCAUCGCUGUUGCUUUGAAAACACAAGACCAGGAUGGCGAUGCAAAUGGGUGAGCUCGACAGCGGCUCAAUCAAGGUCCAAAAAUGGCAGAAUACGAUGUACGCCGUGGACUCUGGCAUCCAAUCAGGAGCCACCACCAUCAGAGAUGAGGAAUUUGAAGUCCCCGUCACCAAGAAGGUCUACAUGACCACCACCGUCACUCAGCAGGAGCCUGACUUGGAACAGUACACAAUGACCAGAGCCACUCGUGUGCGAGCUGCGCUGUUUCCCGAGUCGUUGGAGGAUGGUGCCACCAUACUGUCGACCCAGACCGACCCGUCCCAGAUGACCAACGUCCAAAAACUGGCAGAGCCAUCCCAGAUGCUGAAGAAUGCCAUCAUCCACCUGAUCAACUACCAGGACGACGCAGAGCUGGCCACGCGCGCCAUGCCCGAACUCGCCAAACUGCUCGGCGAUGAAGACCAGGUGGUGGUCAGCAAAGCAGCGCAGAUCGUCGACCAGCUGACACGUAAGGAGGCUUCACGGCGCGCGCUGAUGCAGAACCAUCAGAUGGUGACGGCGGUGGUCCGGGCCAUGCAGAACUCCAACGACAUGGAGACAAACAAAGCUACGGCCAGCAUCCUUCACAACCUAUCCCACCAGAGAGAGGGCCUGCUCGCCAUCUUCAAGACGGGAGGGAUCCCUGCUCUGGUCCGCAUGCUCAGCUCUCCCUUUGAGCCCGUGCUCUUCUACGCCAUCACCACCCUCCACAACCUGCUGCUGCACCAGGAGGGAGCCAAGAUGGCCGUGCGCCUGGCGGACGGUCUGCAGAGGAUGGUUCCUUUGCUGAAAAAGAACAACCCCAAGUUCCUGGCCAUCACCACCGACUGUCUUCAGCUGCUGUCGUACGGAAACCAGGAGAGCAAGCUGAUCAUCCUCGCUAACGGAGGCCCCGACGGUCUGGUGAGGAUCAUGCAAACCCAGAACUAUGAGAAGCUGCUGUGGACCACAAGCAGAGUCCUCAAGGUCCUGUCGGUGUGUCCGAGCAACAAGCCAGCCAUCGUGGAGGCCGGUGGGAUGCAGGCUCUGGGGAAACACAUCAAAAGCGGCAGUCAGCGCCUGAGUCAGAACUGCCUGUGGACACUCAGGAACCUGUCUGAUGCCGCCACCAAGCAGGACGGACUGGACAGCCUGCUGCAGAAUCUGGUUGAACUCCUCAGCUCAGAUGAUGAGAACAUGCUCACAUGCGCCACCGGCAUCCUGUCCAACCUCACGUGCAACAACGUCUACAACAAAACUCUGGUCACGCAGUGCAAUGGCGUCGAGGCGCUGAUCCACACCAUUCUCCGCUCCGGGAGCAAGCAGGAUGUGGUCGAGCCUGCCGCCUGUGCUUUGCGACAUCUGACGUCUCGCCACCAACACGCUGAUGUGGCGCAGAAUCAAGUGAGGGAGUUUUACGGCAUCUCCACCGUCGUCAAACUGCUCAACCAGCCGUACUAUUGGCCAGUCAUCAAGGCUGUGGUGGGCCUGAUCCGUAACCUGGCCCUGUGCCCAGAAAACCAGCAGCCUCUCAAAGAAUCAGGAGUCAUCCCCCGCCUGGUCAACCUGCUGCUGAAGGCCCACCAGGACAACCAGAAGCAUGGUUCAUCCAGCCAACAGGCCUUCAAGGACGGGGUGAAGAUGGAAGAGAUCGUGGAGGGUUGCACUGGUGCUCUGCACAUCCUCGCCAGAGAUCCCAUCAACAGAGAGGAAAUAGCCCAUUUGGAUUCCAUUCCUCUUCUCGUCCAGCUGCUCUACUCUCCAGUGGACAACGUGAAGCGUGUGGCAGCAGGCGCCCUGUGUGAGCUGGCUCUGGACAGGCAGGCGGCCGCCCUGAUCGACUCUGAGGGCGCCGCAGCUCCAAUGAUGGAGCUGCUGCACUCCCCCAACGAGGGCAUCGCUACGUACGCUGCAGCCGUGCUCUUCCGCAUCUCUGAGGAUAAGCCGGUAGACUACAAGAAGCGUGUGUCCGUGGAGCUCACGCACUCUCUGUUCAAGCAGGACCCCGAGGCCUGGGAGGCGGCCCACAACACCCUUCUGAUGGAGUCAAACUAUCCAGAGGAGCCACUAGAUGGUGGUUUCCAUGGCUACGGAUACCCAGAAAUGCCCAUGGAUGGCAUUGAUCCACAUAUGAUGCAGGAGGAUCUUCCACCUGGCAUGGGCUAUGACGGCCAGUACCGCGACCAAUAUUAACGGGAAACAAACGGGAGGAGGAGGAGGAGGCAGAAGAUCUAAAGUGAGCUGCAAAGGGAUGAAGAGGUGUUGGUUCUAGUCACCCCCUUUGCUCUCCACCUGCUGUAAUAUUUGCAACUCAUUAAGUUUUUGACUCAUAACCUUAACAGGGCUCAACUUGUGUUUAAUAGAAUCAUCUCUGCUUUCAGAUUUUAAGUGACAGUGAUGAUGCUUUUUAGGUUUGUGUUAGAAAACCUUAGCAAGAGGUGUGUGUGUGUGUGUGUGUGUGUGUGUGUGUGUGUGUGUGUGUGUGUGUGUGUGUGUGUGUGUGUGUGUGUGUGUGUGUGUGUGUGUGUGUGUGUGUGUGUGUGUGUGUGUGUGUGUGUACACGCUUCUGGGUGGGUGUUUUACGCCAAAGAGAUUUUUAUUUUGUGAUGAUAAUCAUGUAACCUUUCAUUUUAUUUUUAAACAAAUAGAAAGAGAAUAUUUAAGGACACGGCCAGAGUGGCUCGCCCCACCGCGCUGCCCCUCGCCGCGGGGUUUUUACACCUUUUAACAAACAAAAUGACUUCUGACACUUUGUUCUGUGGCUGAUGUCCCACUGUGAGCCUUUUGAUUAACAUUUUCUUGUGGCAAUAAUUCAGUAUGAGGGAACAAAGAGGCUUUAAAAUGCCCUGCACCAGAUGUGUUUGGUGGGAAUCACAAACACUUGCCUUUCUCAUUGUUCGCCCUCAUCUCUUUGAAGAUCGAUGUUUUUGCUCUUAGAGUAAGUUUUACACGGAUAUCUGUGGCUGUGAUGAGGAAAACCACGCGGAUGAUUCAGACAUCUGUUUGAUUCGCUCGUCACGCGAGAGGCUUCAGUCUGCACGGCCAGCAGCUGGAGGAAACUACUGACAGGGACGCUUUUUAUUUGACUUCAUAAGAGUUUUUACUGAACAUUUGUUUAAUAAAAAUAAAGAAUAUAUGAAAUGUGAAA